AUGGGUUUGCCUUAUUCCCUAACGCCAUAUCUUCUUGUGCUUUUACUCUGCUUUCUCAAUGUUUCCACCAUUAACUCAAAGAAGCGACGUAAACAAGAGGCCGGGCUUUUUGGUGGGAAUUUUUCGGCUUUGUAUGUUAUCGGAGAUUCAUUGGUUGAUCCAGGAAACAACAAUUAUCUUUCGACGUUAGCCAAAGCAAAUUUUACACCUUAUGGUUUUAAUUUUGAAGGAAGCAUACCAACAGGUCGUUUUAGCGAUGGCAAAACCAUUGCGGAUUAUAUCGCUAUUUAUUAUGGGCUUCCUUUGGUUCCUGCUUACAUGGGACUAUCUGAACAACAAAAGAAUAAUAUUUCAACUGGUAUCAACUAUGCUUCUGCUAGUUGUGGGAUUUUUCCUGACACAGGAAAGCAAGUGGGAAAAUGUCUUUCGAUGAGUAUUCAAGUCGAUCUAUUCAAUCAAACAAUCGAGAAGAAUCUAAAGCAAAAAUUCAAAAUUCAGUCAGAGCUCAAUAACCAUUUGGCUGAAUCGUUGUUUAUGACUGCGAUUGGUGUUAACGAUUACUCUUGCUCCGGCUCCGGCUAUAACGAGUCUACCGACGCGAACUCAUUCGCAGACAAGCUUCUUAACGAGUUCUGGCUACAAAUUCAGAGAAUGCAUGAGUUAGGAGCAAGGAAGUUCUUCAUCAACAACAUAAAACCUCUAGGUUGUUACCCAAAUAUGAUUGCAAACACGGUACCACGUGGAAGCUGCAACGAAAAAAUAAAUCGUGCGAUCAGCAUUUACAAUGUCAAGCUUAGGGAAAGCUUGUCAGAUAAUACGCGUCGUCAAAAACUCUCCAACACUUCCUUUAUAUACUCGGACUACUUCAACUUCAUGUUGGGACUUCGUGGACCUUCGAGCAAUCAUGUUAGUUCGAAUCUAGUGAACACGACAAGCCCCUGUUGUCCUAUAUUUUAUUAUAAAGGCUCAAUCCCGACUUGCGUUCCACGUUCAGUUCCGUGCAAGGCAGCGGAGACGUAUCUCUUCUUCGAUCCCUUUCAUCCGACUCAAAUGGCGAAUUUCAUGUAUGCGAUCCAGUGUUUCCAGGAGAGGAAAAUCUGUCAUGUGGUGAGAGGUUGA